AUGUCCUCUCACUACCCCACCUCCACCCUGAUGUCCUCUUACUACCCCACCUCCACCCUGAUGUCCUCUCACUACCCCACCUCAACCCUGAUGUCCUUUCACUACCCCACCUCCACCCUGAUAUCCUCUCAACACCCCACCUCCACCCUGAUGUCCUCUCACUACCCCACCUCCACCCUGAUGUCCUCUCACUACCCCACCUCCACCCUGAUGUCCUCUCACUACCCCACCUCCACCCUGAUGUCCUCUCACUACCCCACCUCCACCCUGAUGUCCUCUCACUACCCCACCUCCACCCUGAUGUCCUCUCACUACCCCACCUCAACCCUGAUGUCCUCUCACUACCCCACCUCCACCCUGAUGUCCUCUCACUACCCCACCUCAACCCUGAUGUCCUUUCACUACCCCACCUCCACCCUGAUAUCCUCUCAACACCCCACCUCCACCAUGAUGUCCUCUCACUAUCCCACCUACACCCUGAUGUCCUCUCACUACCCCAUCCACCCUGAUGUCCUCUCACCAUCUCUUCCACCCUGA